GUGAGUGAGGAGAUCCUGGAGAGAAGCGCCGUUCGUUUGCUCUUUUUAAAUAUAUAUAUAUAUAUAUAAACAUGUCUAGGAUCCGCACGGCGCUGCACUGAGAGGAGCGGACACGCUGGGGAUUCCUGGACACACUCGCACACUUUUGAACGCUGACACCCAUACACCACCCCCGCCCCCAAAUCUCCUCUCGAGACGUUCAAUUCUUUUCCCAAAAAUUAUUUCGGCGCUUUCCUUCCGCCCGGUGUUGCCGAGGAAGCAGCGAGCCGCUUCGAUGUUGGAUUACUCGGGGGGCCGGAGCCCGCAGCAGUGGAUUAAUGCUGGCAGAGUAAUGCCCGAGAGCGGCGGCUGCUACUGACGGAGCUGGCAAUGCUGAGGUUCUGAACACACAGCAUCUAUAGUUUCAGACUGCACUUACUUGCAGCAGCUUGUAAGACAGUGAGAACGAGGCUGCCAAAGGCUGCUGGUGCCAAGCUGUCGGAUGAUGCAUAAAAUCAGGCCUCUGGUGGUGUUCCUGUGCUUCCUACUACGUGCUAAUGCUGAGGCACCACCAAAGUUUACAAGAACUCCCAUUGACCAGACGGGAGUCUCGGGAGGGGUUGCGUCAUUUAUCUGCCAAACCUCAGGAGAACCGAGGCCUAAAAUUGUAUGGUCUAAAAAGGGAAAGAAAGUCAGCUCUCAGCGAUUUGAGGUGAUCGAAUUCGAUGAUGGAUCUGGGUCUGUUCUCAGAAUACAGCCAUUGCGGACACCACGAGAUGAGGCUAUUUAUGAAUGUGUAGCCUCCAACAGUGUUGGAGAAAUAAGUGCCACCACCAGACUUACAGUAUUACGUGAGGAUCAGCUUCCUGUGGGUUAUCCCACGAUAGACAUGGGCCCUCAGUUGAAGGUGGUAGAACGAACACGCACAGCCACCAUGUUGUGCGCAGCAAGUGGUAACCCAGAUCCAGAAAUUACUUGGUUUAAAGACUUCUUACCUGUUGAUACAAGCAGCACUGGACGCAUCAAACAGCUACGGUCAGAAUCCUUUGGUGCCCUCCAAAUAGAUAACAGUGAAGAAUCAGACCAAGGGAAAUAUGAGUGUGUGGCAACCAACAGUGCUGGUACACGUUAUUCUGCCCCUGCCAAUCUAUAUGUGAGAGUUCGGCGUGUCCCACCGAGAUUUUCUAUCCCUCCGACAAGCCACGAGAUCAUGCCUGGUGGAAGUGUCAAUAUUACCUGUGUCGCUGUGGGUUCCCCAAUGCCUUAUGUGAAAUGGAUGCUUGGAGCAGAGGAUUUGACUCCUGAAGAUGACAUGCCAAUUGGACGAAAUGUUCUGGAGCUGAACAAUGUCAGAGAGUCUGCAAAUUAUACAUGUGUUGCCAUGUCGACACUAGGAGUCAUUGAAGCAUUUUCUGAGGUCACUGUUAAAGCUUUGCCAAAGCCCCCAGGCACUCCUGUCGUAACUGAAACUACAGCAACAAGUGUCACAUUGACUUGGGACUCGGGAAACCCGGAGCCCGUGGCUCACUAUAUUGUACAACACAAGCCCAAGUAUUCAGAUGGACCAUUUCAAGAGAUUGAUGGGGUAGCUACAACACGAUACAGUGUUGGAGGACUAAGCCCUUAUUCAGAUUAUGAAUUCAGAGUCAUUGCAGUGAACAAUAUUGGGCAAGGGCCGCCAAGCGAACCAGUAGAAACACGAACAGGUGAGCAGGCCCCUUCCAGCCCACCUCGUUCUGUACAAGCACGCAUGCUAAGCACUACCACCAUGCUAAUUCAGUGGGAGGAGCCAGAGGAGGCAAAUGGUCAGAUCCGUGGAUACAGAGUUUAUUACACUAUGGAUCCCCAACAGCACAUUAACAACUGGCAGAAGCAUAAUGUGGAUGACAGUAUGCUGACAACAAUUGCAAACUUGACCCCAGAGACAACUUACACCGUCCGUGUGCUGGCUUUCACUUCUGUUGGGGAUGGACCACAUUCACCUGAAAUACAGGUUAAAACCCAACAAGGAGUUCCAAGCCAGCCAAAUAACUUCAAAGCUGAACCGAAAUCAGACACAAGCAUUAUGCUGUCAUGGACACCACCACGACAGGACACCAUCAUCAGAUAUGAGUUGUAUUAUAGGGAAAGCGAAUAUGGCAAAGAGCAACUUGUCACAUUUGAGCCAAAGACAAUGUACCUUUUAGAGGAUCUCAAACCAAACACUAUGUACUUCUUCCGACUUGCUGCCCGCUCUGAGCAUGGCCUUGGAGCUUCAACUGCACAGAUUUCAGCUCAAACCAUGGAAACAAAGCCAUCAGCCCCACCUCAGGAUAUCAAGUGCACGAGCCCAAGCUCAACCAGCAUUUUGGUAAGUUGGCUGCCCCCACCAGCAGAAAACCAGAAUGGCAUCAUCACCAAAUACUCCAUCAAAUACACAGCAAAUGACCGAGAAGCCAGCUCGCCCAAUGAGGUCUCGGAUAUUCCGCCAGAUACCACGCAGUACUUGCUGGAACAUUUGGAGAAGUGGACUGAGUACCGCAUCAUUAUGACUGCCCACACGGACGUUGGACCAGGCCCAGAGAGCUCUCCCAUACUGAUUCGCACAGAUGAGGAUGUUCCUAGUGGUCCUCCUCGCAAAGUCGAGGUAGGGGCUUUGAACUCAACAGCUAUUACAGUGUCAUGGCGCUCACCAGUUCCAAAUAAACAGCACGGACAAAUACGUGGCUACCAGGUCCAUUAUGUGAGGAUGGAACAUGGAGAACCAAGAGGACAGCCCAUGCUCAAAGAUAUCAUGCUGGCAGAUGCACAGUGGGAAACUGAUGACUCUGCUGAACAUGAGAUGAUCAUUUCUGGGCUUUUGCCUGAAACGACCUACUCUGUCACUGUGACAGCUUACACAACAAAAGGAGAUGGAGCUCGUAGCAGAGCCAAGCUUGUGGUAACCACUGGUGCAGUUCCUGGGAAACCCAGGCUUCUCGUUAGCCAUACACAGAUGAACACUGCUCUUAUUCAGUGGCACCCUCCUGUAGAAACCUUCGGACCAGUUCUGGGUUAUCGUUUAAAAUUUGGACGCAAAGACUCUGAACUGCUAACGACAUUGGAAUUUUCAGAGAGGGAUGACCACUACACAGCUACUGACAUCCACAAAGGCACCUCUUAUGUCUUCAAACUCUCCUCAAAAAAUAAAGUUGGCUUCGGGGAAGAGAUUGUGAAAGAAAUCACAAUCCCGGAAGACCGACCAAGUGGAUUUCCCCAAACCCCACGUGCUGAUAGCUCCACAGCUUCGUCUAUUCAGCUGAGCUGGCAGCCACCAGUCUUGGCAGAACGGAAUGGUUUUAUCACUAAAUAUAAUGUGUUAUACAGAGAUAUCAACAGUCCAAACAAUCGAAUAGAGCUCUCUGUUUUUUCUCCUGAGACAAGUUUGAAGCUCACCAACCUAAAACCAGACACCACUUAUGAUAUCAAAGUGAGAGCUCAUACAAGUAAAGGUCCUGGUCCAUAUAGCCCUAGUGUUCAAUUCCGAACACUGCCACUGGAUCCAGCAGUGUUUGCAAAAAAUUUUCAUGUUAAAGCUGUUAUGAAGACAUCGGUUUUGUUAACAUGGGAGAUUCCUGAGAAUUACAACACUGCCAUACCUUUCAAAAUCAUCUACAAUAAUGACCAUAUUGAAGUGGACGGGAGAGCUACACAGAAGCUAAUCACCAAUUUAGACCCUGACACGUCCUAUUCAUUUGUUUUGACCAAUCGAGGAAACAGUGCUGGGGGACUACAGCAAGUGGUUUCAGCACACACUGCACCAGACCUGCUCCGCACCAAGCCAGUCCUGAUUGAGAAAACCAAUUCUGAUGGAAUGCUAACUGUUGAGCUGUCAGCAGUGCCAACGCCACCAGCCCCAGUGAAAGGCUACUAUAUAAUUGUUGUGCCUUUGAAGAAAUCCCGUGGAAAAUUUAUCAAGCCCUGGGACAGUCCUGACGAAAUGGAUUUGGAGGAGUUACUGAGAGAAAUUACCAGGAAACGAAGAAGUAUUCGUCUAAGGAGGAACACAGAUGCCCUUAAGCCAUAUAUUGCAGCUCACUUUGAAGUUCUUCCCAAUGAGUUUACCCUUGGUGAUCGGCUGUUUUAUAAUGGAUUUGAAAACAAGCGCCUCCAAAGUGGUCAAGAAUACGUUUUCUUUAUUUUAGCCGUGCUUGACAGCCCAGAGUCCAUGAUGUAUGCAACAAGUCCUUACUCUGACCCUGUACUGUCAGCGGACCUUGAUCCUCAGCCCAUCACAGAUGAAGAAGAAGGAUUGAUUUGGGUCGUUGGUCCUGUCUUAGCUGUUGUGUUCAUCAUCUGCAUUGUCAUUGCUAUCCUCCUAUAUAAGAGGAAAAGGACUGAAUCUGAUUCGAGAAAAAGCAGUAUUCCUAACAGCAAGGAAUUACCUUCACAUCAUCCCACAGACCCAGUGGAACUAAGACGUCUUAAUUUCCAGACUCCAGGUUCAGGUGUCUCCAGUUACCAUGGUAACCUCCAUUCGACAAGCAUGGCCAAUCAUCCACCAAUCCCUAUCUCUGAGCUUGCUGAUCACAUUGAGCGGCUGAAAGCCAAUGACAACUUGAAGUUCUCACAAGAGUAUGAGUCAAUUGAUCCUGGCCAGCAGUUUACAUGGGAACAUUCAAACAUGGAAGUCAACAAACCAAAGAAUAGAUAUGCAAAUGUAAUUGCAUAUGACCAUUCACGGGUUCUCCUAUCUGCAAUCGAUGGCAUACCAGGAAGUGAUUACUCCAAUUCCAAUUACAUUGAUGGCUACAGAAAGCAGAAUGCGUACAUCGCAACACAGGGUCCUCUGCCUGAGACAUUUGGAGAUUUUUGGAGGAUGAUUUGGGAGCAACGAAGUGCGAUUGUUGUGAUGAUGACGAAACUAGAAGAAAGAUCAAGGGUGAAAUGUGACCAGUAUUGGCCUUCUAGAGGUACUGAAACCUUUGGAUUAAUCCAAGUCACCCUGCAGGAUACAGUUGAACUGGCAACCUAUUGUGUUAGAACAUUAACAUUAGACAAGAUUGGCUCCAGUGAAAAGAGGGAAGUACGACAGUUCCAGUUCACAGCGUGGCCUGAUCAUGGGGUUCCAGAGCACCCAACACCAUUCUUGGCCUUCUUGCGGCGAGUAAAAGCCUGUAACCCUCCUGAUGCCGGGCCCAUGGUUGUACAUUGCAGUGCUGGAGUUGGAAGGACUGGAUGUUUCAUUGUAAUAGAUGCCAUGUUGGAGAGAAUAAAGCAUGAGAAAACUGUAGAUAUUUAUGGUCAUGUAACACUAAUGAGAUCACAGAGGAAUUACAUGGUUCAGACUGAGGACCAAUAUAUCUUUAUUCAUGAUGCACUGCUUGAAGCAGUGACUUGUGGAAAUACCGAAGUGCCAGCCAGAAACCUGUACGCAUAUAUCCAAAAGCUGACACAAGUGGAGCCAGGAGAAAACGUCACAGGAAUGGAACUGGAAUUCAAGCGUCUAGCCAACACUAAAGCCCACACAUCAAGAUUCAUUAGUGCCAACCUCCCAUGUAAUAAAUUCAAGAAUCGCCUUGUUAAUAUUAUGCCAUAUGAAUCCACAAGAGUAUGUCUACAGCCGAUCAGAGGAGUCGAGGGCUCAGACUAUAUUAAUGCCAGUUUUAUUGAUGGUUAUAGGCAACAGAAAGCCUAUAUAGCCACACAGGGACCCUUAGCAGAGACAACAGAAGAUUUCUGGAGAAUGCUUUGGGAGCACAAUUCUACAAUUGUGGUUAUGCUGACCAAGCUCCGAGAAAUGGGCAGAGAAAAAUGUCACCAGUAUUGGCCUGCAGAGCGAUCAGCUAGGUAUCAGUAUUUUGUAGUAGAUCCCAUGGCAGAGUACAACAUGCCUCAGUACAUUCUCAGAGAGUUCAAGGUCACAGAUGCUAGAGAUGGUCAGUCACGCACAGUGAGGCAGUUCCAGUUUACUGACUGGCCAGAGCAAGGUGUGCCAAAGUCUGGAGAAGGAUUUAUUGAUUUCAUUGGCCAAGUACACAAGACAAAAGAGCAGUUUGGUCAAGAUGGACCCAUCAGUGUUCACUGUAGUGCUGGCGUUGGGAGGACUGGUGUUUUCAUAACACUAAGUAUUGUAUUGGAAAGAAUGCGAUACGAGGGUGUUGUGGAUAUCUUUCAGACUGUCAAGAUGCUAAGAACACAACGGCCAGCUAUGGUGCAGACAGAGGAUCAGUAUCAAUUCUGCUAUCGAGCUGCACUGGAAUAUCUUGGAAGCUUCGAUCACUAUGCAACGUAAAACCUGAUCCACCUUGGAUUUACAGUAGGCCACUUAAGAUCCAGAAAGCCUCUUCUGAGCCAUACAAUGUGCUUGAGAAGUACUACUUACUCCUAGCUAAAGAUAAAUUAGUGGGGGGGAGGGAAAUUUUAAAAAAAAACUAUUCCAGGUGGACCAAGAAUUGGCAGUUUAAUAACCUAACUUGAAAAGAAGAGGAGAAUCCUUUCUGAUGUGGCAUCGAAAGGAUUUUUCAAUUAACUCGAGGAUUCAACUUUGAUGAUUGAAGUGGGAGAAAUCCUGUUAUGGAAGACAACGAUUGUGUAAAGGAUUACUUGAGGACUGUGAAAAAUGGAUUGCAAAGCUGAAUCUUGAGAGUACUGUACCUGCAAGAGAACGAAAAAUGUUAUGAAAAGGCCAGUUCCUGACUCAAGAAACUAGUUGGACACGUUUGCUUCAACAUCACCCCUUUCCACCAUUCGCUCAUACUAAUUAUUAAAAGGGAGGGAAUGUUCAAAUUACUGAUUUAGUUUUUUAGUACUGUAAUAUACUGCUGACCUGUGCUUCAUUUUUAACUGUGUAAACUUCUUUCCCUUUUUUAACAAAAGUUUAUCAUUCAAUGAAGUGAAUUUAAAAAGUUGCUUAUUUGUUCAUAUUUUUUUCCAGACUGUAGCUUUUUUUAAGCUGUAGAAAUGAUGUAUGUAUCUGGCUGUAGAAACGGAAUAAUUUGAAUUUUUCAAAGCACAUUUUUUUGUGCAGUCCUUUUUAUUUAUCUUACCACAUAAUGGUCUGAUUGAGUUUUUCAUUUCAGUGGAAGUUACCCGUAGCAGUCAGGUAACAAAUGAAUCAACAAAAAAAAAUGUUAAAUGAAACAAGGGCCUUUAUGGAAUCAACAGGGAGGCGCAAAGUAUAAAGCUGCUGCUACUGAAUUUCUCAGAUCUUCCAUGUCAAGGAUUUUAAGAUAUAGUUGAAAACCUUGCCAAAUAUGUUACUAGCAACCUCCAUCUGAAUAAUAAUUAGUUGUCUAGGCUCCCGUGAUGAGAUGGUGAGAAGUUAGUGUCUACUGGAAUGCACAUCAAUGAACUCAGUAAUCCAUGUUUAGUAGGUUCAUAUGGUAUCCUGAAACGUAUCUUUGCACAUGUACGCAAUAAAUUGCAUUAUAAAAAAAUAAGUUUUAAACCCCUUAGUGUGGGAUUUUUUUUUUGCUUCUUAUACUUUAUAGUCACCAACUGGCUACAACUGGCAUUAAAUGUAACAAUAUCAAAUAAUCACAGCAUCAGAAAUAAAGUGGAGUUGAAACUCAAUGUUUAAUUUCUUUAAGAGGAAGGAAAAUCUUUGGGGGAGAUCAUUCUAAUUGAAAGUAUUCCACAUUUUGUGAUGAAACUCAUAGUCUAAGCAAAGGUUUUUCCUAUGCUGUUUGCAUGGAGUUUCAUUUUCUGAAUGGUAUGCAAAGUCACUUUAGUAACAUUACUAAUCAGGUGUGUCCCAGAGUGACUCUAUUGCAAGGGGAAAGAGUUGCCCCCUAGCUGGGAAACUUUCAUAGUUGGGGAUGAAGAAUUCUCAGCCAGUAGCAUGAUACCCUCAUGAUUAAAGGGCUCCAGAAUGACUAUGAAUCUGCACGUCUUUGAAGCUUACUGAGGAUACCAGUCUAGAGCACAUUAUGACAAGACUGCCCUGGUAAGAAAAGGAAACUUGACUUUAGUACCUCCAAACCAGCCCAAACAUCAUGUCUUUAUCAGACGAUCAGAAAUAUAUUUUGCUCAAACUAAAUGGGGAGUAUUUUGAACAAAACUCACUCUCCCAAGAUUAUCCUUUCCCUUUAAGUAUUGCAUCAAAUUGCAAUGAUGACUUUAUAUGCAAAUUGGGAACCAUUAUAAUAUGUACAUGAUUUUUGCCUUUAAUUUCUAUUUCUGAACUGAAGUGCUUAGAGUGUAUUUAGUUUUUAAUGUACCUUAACAUUAUGAGCAUCAUUUGACAAUAGGUGUCAUAUGUAGUAGGUUUACAUUGCAUUUAGAUAUGUGCAAAUCAGUAAAUAAUCAGUGUCACAAUGGCCUAACGUCAGAUAUGUGCUCCUGCUAUUUCACCUGGUCAUCGGACAUAAUCAUUUUUUUAUGUAUGUGUCCUUGAUACUACAGUCACUUUUGGAGUUUUGAGCUUUUUUAUAUAUGAAUAUAAAAGUUAGAUUCAAUAUCUUAGCUGCUUACAUUGUUCCCAUUGUUUUUCAUGCAAGAGUAAACACAACAGUGAUGUUGGUCAACCAGCAGUAUUAACUUGUGCUGCAGGUUAUAUGCAAUUAGAGCACUAGAAAAAUUGAAAAUGAGGUAAAAGGAUAUCUAAGGCAUCAGUGUGGUAGAGAAUAGACAGUCUGAGAGGCCAGUCACCCUGUGUCUUUUUUUCCUAAAUUUUAUUUUCUUUGUUCUUUCGACCUUCAAAGGUCAAAAACUGUAGUAGAAAUCAUACAAAAGCACUUUUUUCUAAAACAAGAAAGCUGACAGAAGGCUACCUCAGGAUGGAGCUGGAGCUGUAAGAAUUUAUGUCAUGUUGCACCUCUUCACAUGUUGUUAUAUUAACAAUCUGCUAAUUGUUCUUGUAAAAUACAGACCAUCACCUAGAAAGAACUACCAGCCUAACCUCAAUCAGUGUUGAGCCCGAUUGCUAAGGUUGCCAAGUAUAACUGUUCAUAUAUCUGUUCAGUUGAUGGUUGUUCUUUAAAAAUAAAGUAUCUGUUUUGUACCAAGAGCCAUUUGUUAAACCGUAAAAACAUGCUGAGUGAGAAAAUGUUCCAAUAGAGGUCUUGUUUGGAAUGCAUUUCUUUUUGCCCAGAGCUGAUAAAGAAAAUUUUGAAAUAUUGAAAUUGAAAAUCAAAAUGUAGGUGCUGGGGAAAUCUACAAUAAAAGGAGUAAGCUGUCAAGAAUACCCACUGUAUUUGCUGCUUUUCUAACUUAGCUUCUCAUUGAUGUGUGUUCCUGUUUGCACUCACUCUCUCCCAUUCCAGUAUCACUGUCUUAUUAAAACCUCUUAUUCUGCAAAAUCUUUCAUAACUUGCAGGAGGAUAUAUUUUCCUCUCCUUUUAAGGCUGAUAAGGUGCUAUACUUAUUUAACCUUUAUCCUAUGUAGGCAAUAUAUAUGUAUAAUUUUUUUAAUUAGUUGCCAUUUAAUUAGCUUACAUUUGUACAAAACACGUAUAUUUUAAUUUAGCCAAUUUAUUUGCCGAUUAUUUCCUCACAUUAGCUGUUGCUUCUUGUUAAUGAUCCAUUUUACAAAAAUCUAAAGUUCUCCAGGCAGAUGUGCACUUUUCCAAAACUUUUUACUAUGCACUGCCCUGGUGAUUCUACACCCAACAUUACAUGCUACUUAGACCCUUGUAUAACGUAUGGUUCACUCUAGGUACGUAUGUAAAUAACACAAUUUUAAAAGAGAAAGGUUGCUCCAAUGAUGCCCCGAUACUCCAGCAAAUCUCUCAAUGGCUUCAAAUUCCAUCAUACCCCACCUUGUUAUGUGACUUUGCCAUUCAAGCUUGGAGUGUCUUGAUUUUUUUUUUGGAAGGUAACAUUGUGUUCACUGCUCUUGUUUGAAUGCAUAGAUUGAACAAAACAAAAUGUAAAAUGGCUUGUUCAAAGAAUCAUACAAUUACCUCUACUUAGUAGUUAGCAUAAAUGUUUUACAGAUUGAAAGGCGUGCUUUUUAUUUUCUUACUUAGGUUACAUUGGUGGCAAAAAGUCUGUAAGAAAAUCAGUUCUUUGCUGACACAAGUUCCAUUUGUUACAAAUGAAUUCUAAUAAAAAUGUCAGUGUUA